AUCACGUUGAUGUCCUAAGCAGAGUCUAUCUGGCUGCCCCUCUGUCUAUCUGGUUUUUUCUUCCCCACAUUAUUUUAUUCGUAACCCCCCGACCUCAACCUUAUAUACUCCAAAACACCCUCUUCCUCUCCCUCCACAAACCCUUUUCUCCCUCUCCAACUCAUGCCAUAGUGUCAUCCUCCCAUCAUACGCCGUCGUUUCAGGAGAAAAAGAGAUACAUUGGACAUGACGAUGAGCAACGCCAUCGGACAGUUCGGCGACACCACGCUUACCAAAGUGUUUGUUGGCGGCUUGGCAUGGGAGACUCCCAAAGAGGCCAUGAGAGACCAUUUCGAGAAGUAUGGUGAGAUCUUGGAGGCCGUCAUCAUCUCCGAUAAGCUCACCGGCAGAUCCAAGGGCUACGGUUUCGUGACGUUUAAGGAGCCGGAGGCGGCGAAGAAGGCCUGCGAGGACGCCACGCCGAUGAUCAACGGCCGCCGAGCCAACUGCAAUCUGGCUUCUCUUGGAGCGCGACGCCCGAGGUCGGCUGCCUCCAGUACACCACCUCACCAAGGAUCUAACGGUGGAUCGAGGCCCACGUCAGCUGCACCUGCUAGUCACGUGCAGUGGUACUAUCCGGCCGGAACGCCGGCUCCCCCCUUCCAUCACCAGCAUCAUCAGGCUGUUCCUUUUUAUGGGUACUCCCCCGCCUACAUUGCGGCCGACAUCAGUUACAAUCAUAAGCUAAGCUACACAGGUGGUUCGUACAUGAACGGGCAUUUCUCGCAGGUGUAUCCAGGGCAGGCUAUGGUGGGUGCGAACGCAUUGAUGCCAAUGUACCCUUUCUAUCAUUUUCAUCAAUCACAGACGAUGGGGCAUCCAGCUCACAUGUUUCCACCAACGACGGUGGGCCCAAUGCCCACCGUCCCAGCGAUCAUCUCAAAGCCCACAUCAAUGGCUCCCAACACAGUUUGUUUGGCUGUGGAAUAGGUGCGAUGGGAGGAGGAGAAAGCUUUAAAAAGGUUGGAUAAAGGAAGAAAGAAAGAAAGAAAGAAAGAAAGACUCAAGGCUUAAAAGAGCAAUAACGAAAGUGCCUGCCGGUGCUCUGGAGUUGGCAGCUGCUCAGAACAACAUUAUUAUCUGAUCUGGGAUGGCUCUUUUCCAAUUUUUUUUGUUCUUUUAAUUUCUUAAUUUCUUAUUCUUAGGUGUUUGAUAAUAUUCAUUCAUUCUCGUUCUCUCUAACAUGCAUCUCAUCAUGAGCUGUAAACCAUUUAAGGAAAAAAAAAAGAACAAGAAAAAGAAAAAGAAAAAGAGAGGAGACAUAUGUAACAGAGGUCAUGUAUGUUCACCCAUGCCCUAUGGAAUCUUUUCAAUGGCUUCAUUGGACUUUGAUGCAUAAA